AUGGCAGGGCCAUCCCCUCCGGAGGACAUGCCCUACGAGGAGAUUCUCGACAUUGCCCGCAAGGGACUUUACGUGCAAGUCGCUGCGUUGACGAUUAUACUCUGGGAUUAUUGCAAGUUCAAAUUCUCUUCUCCAAAUGGGAUAGGCGGGGUUGACGAUUAG